CAGGCUAUAAAACAUCCUUGCCUGAAGGAUGUUUGCAGACCUUUGCAGACCUUUUCUGAGCUUUCUGCUCCAGGAUACUGCCUUUCCACAAAAUGAAGCCUACCCCUUGCAGCCUUCUCAUGCCCAUCCUCCUUCUCCUGCUGAUGAGCGCAGGGAGGACUCAGCAGUCCUUAGACGCCAUUGUGGAUGAAAAGAUAAAGGAUGCUCUCCAAGGUUUGGAGUGCAAUCCACCUCCCCCAAGGAUCUCAUGUACCAGUGUCACCAACUCUGGCAAACUGUCCUCCUGCCCUUCAGGGACUUUUGUCACCGGCUGUGCUUGUGGUUAUGGCUGUGGUUCCUGGGAUAUCCGAAGGGAAACCACCUGUCACUGCCAGUGCAGCGUGGUAGACUGGACCACUGCCCGCUGCUGCCAACUGGUCUGAGAAGGAGGAUGAAAACCCCAUUGUGUGACCAUGACGGCAAUGAAACCAGGACCCCACACAGGAAACAUGACUCAAAGUGUCCCUUUCAUUUGUUAUAACCCUGCUUCUUAGGUAAUAAAGGCAAUUUUUGCAUCUAA